ACUUGCACCACUUGUUAGUGUAAUUUUUUUUUUUGUUGGGACUCUUUUCUCGGGAACUUUCCAUGAAAGCCUGAGAAUGGUGUGGCACCAUCAGAGUUCGGAACAUGACACAGCCAAACACCAAUCGUCAUGACUUCUAUGUGCGCAUUGUGUGCCCGAGUCCCUCAUGCAGGUCAUCCCAGGCUGCUGCUGGCUGGCUGGCUGCAAGCUGCUGGCUACUGCGAGUUGCUACUCAGUGUUUCUGCAGACCAAGCAAACCAACCAGCCAAAAGUAUCCGUCCAAACUUCACCGCUGGUGUGUGUGUGUGUGUCUCUGAGCGAGUUUAGUGCUCCGGCUUCUGCGUUUCUUCCUAUUCUGCUGCAUGUCCUCGAACAUUUGUUAGCCCUUCCCCGCCUCCCGUGCCGUACUGCCCUGCCCACCCCCAGUCACUGGCUGGCAUUGCUGUGCUUUGCUGUGCUUUGCUGCGGCCCAGUCAUCUCGUCGCUGCUGCGCUCGACUGUGCCUUUGCAAGCGGAAGGCCGAGCCCGAGCGAGCGAACAGCGCAGCGCAGCGGCAGAGCAGCACCCAGCGAUGGAGCGAGAGCGAACCAGAAACACCACGCAAGUCAGUCCUCGUAGGGAUCCCCUCCAAGUCUGCAACCCCGGGCCCAUUACCCGCCGUGCACAGGAAAUUCAAGAGGCGGAACGACGGUUACGUGUUUCCAGAUGCGGCAAAACAAGAAGAGCCAAAAAAGCAUAGGCCAGUGGCCACUCUUCUGACUGCAACCUGCUCUAAAUACCGUGUCCAUCCCUCCCAUCCCCUUCUUGGCUCCAUUCCCGCGGUUAGUUCUAGUACGUUACUUGGCUGUGUUCCAUUCACUGUUGACGAACAAAAGUACGCCCAGAGGCGGAUGACCAGAGCGGAGUCUCGCUUUCUUCUCAUUUGCUCACAACUGCUGCUGCUCUCGUCUCGUUCCUGACCUUGCCGUUCCGGUCUCAUUAACUGGUCUCGUCUUAUUCGGGAGGGGAUUCGUAAUUGCCCAAGACGCUAAAGGAUCAAACGGCAACACUCAUCACCGAACUGCCUCAGCAAAGAAACCCCGACGGCGUCUCGCCCUGUUCUAUUUUCUUCUCACCUUUUUACCUCUCCAAAGUUCAAAC